CAUGUCCGCGUCUAUCUAAAUUGCACAGAGACUAUUUGGUACGUUGGCUCGUCGCAAACCGAACAACAUAAGAGGGUCUGCAUUGAGCCUACUCGGGUGGUUCUGAAGGUUCAGUACACAACACAGCGUGAUAAUAAGUGUUCGAAAUGGGUUACUUGGAGGACAUACCAAAUGAGACCUCGAUCUCUCCGUCUUGUCAUGCCAAAUCGUCACUGGACCGCGCGGCACAGCAAGUGCACUCCGAACUAGUUACUGCUUUCUGGAAAGAACAGUUCAUCGGCUUGGACACGCUGCCAUUUCCCCAGCUGCCUCACCCGGGAUAUCAUGCCCGAGCAGAUAAAGUUCACGACCAUUUAUGCGAAGACAUAGUUCUUCCUACAGAUGAUACAACGCGCUCUGUUAUAAUCAGAGCAGCAUGGGCAACGCUGCUUUCUUGGCACAGUGGAUCGCCUGACACCACGUUCGGCGCCGAGAUAGGGAGCUGUGAUGCCACGAGGUCAACGUCUGCUGUUGUUCCUGUGCGGAUUACGGUUGAUGAGCACACGACGGCUGAGCGGCUCUUCGAGCGGGUCCAAGACCAAGCUUCAUUGAUGCUUCCAUUCACAGAUAUAAGCUUGCGACAAAUAGAGAGUGUGAGCGAAGAGGCACGGAGAGCCUGUCAAUUUCAAACGCUUCUUGUCGACCAAUAUAGUGGCGUAUGGGCCAGGAGGACGGAAUCCUCCAGUCCAUACGCCAUCAUUCUUACCUACCGAGUUGAAGACGGUGCACUGUGUCUAUGUUUUAGAUAUGACCAUAACCUGCUGGAUGAGCAAGAAGUUGAACGGCUUGCACAUCAGUUCGCGCUCAUUCUGCGGCAACUUUCCACCGAAGAUGCAACCAAGACGAAGUUGGGCGAUCUUGACGCUGCAAGCGACCUCGACUUGACCACGAUAUGGAAAUGGAACGCGGAGCUCCCCGAAUCCGUGGAUAUGCUCGUCCAUCAUGUCUUUGCUGAAAAAGUCCGCGAAAAGCCGGCUGCACCAGCUGUGUGUGCCUGGGAUGGCGAUUUAACAUAUGGAAAGCUAGACAAGUUAUCCACGAAGCUGUCAAACUUGCUCAUCAACGAGGGUGGCCUCCGACCGGGGAUGAUUGUGCCACUUUGUUUCGAAAAGUCCAUGUGGUUGUUAGUGGCAGUCUUGGGUGUAAUGAAGGCCGGGGGUGCGUCAGUUCUUCUGGAUGUUACUCUGCCGACCGAGCGCCUACGCAACAUCGUGCAACAGUUGCAAUGCAGUCUCAUACUAUGCUCUACAACGAAGGAAGAUCUUUCAACCGAUCUUGUCAACGGAAAGGUCUUCACUGUCAGCAAGGCGUCGGUUGACACCCAUCAGCAACUCUCAUGGCCGCCUUCUCAGCCACGUCCUCUCAUGGAUGCGGAAUCUCCAUUAUACGUUGUCUUCACGUCAGGCAGCACGGGUACUCCUAAGGGGGCUAUUGUGACGCACAAAAACUUUUGCAGUGCAAUCAAGUACCAGCAGGCGGCCCUCGGCUACACGCCCCGGUCUCGUGUUUUUGAUCUCACAUCAUAUGCCUUUGAUGUGACUUGGAGUAAUAUGCUCCAUGCUCUGGCAGCCGGCGCAUGUGUCUGCGUUCCCUCGGAAGAGGGUCGAUCUACCGCGGAUGAUAUAGCGAAAUCGAUAAUCGACUUGCGCGCCAAUCUGCUGCCCAUCACACCAACAGUUGCGCGAAUGAUAGACCCCAAGGAGCUACCAAGUAUUGAAACGGUUUUAUUUACCGGAGAGGUACUGGCGAGGUCUGAUGUCACUCGAUGGAAAUCUAACAAUGUCAAAAUCUGCAAUGCGUACGGGCCAGCGGAGUGUACAGUCACCAGCACGGCGGGAGAUGUUGAUAUCGAGUCAGAAAGAUUAGAUCCACCUAGUAUUGGCACCGCUGUCGGUGCUGCAGCUUGGAUUGUUCGACCUAAUACCAAUUGCUUGGCGGCUAUUGGGACUCUCGGGGAGUUGUGGCUUGAAGGCCCAAUCGUCGGCGGGGGUUACCUAGCCAAGCCGGAUAAGACCAAUGAGGUCUUCGUGGAAGAUCCGGAAUGGCUCUUGCGGGGCGUCCCAUCAAAGGGAAUACCAGGCCGGCGAGGGCGACUAUAUAGGACUGGCGACAUGGUUAGGUACGAUGCCGCUGGUACACUCUUCUUCGCGGGUCGAAAGGACAACCAGGUCAAGAUACGGGGCCAGAGAGUGGAGCUCGGCGAGAUUGAGCACCAUGUUCGCGAUGUACUACCUAACCAGGUAGAACAAGUGGUCGUCGAAGUCAUUACACUAGACUAUGCCCAAACUGCGACUCUAACGAUGUUCUUCACCUUGCGCGGUGUCAGAGACCAGGAUUUAGAAAACGUGGCGGCGCCACUGGUAGCAGAUCUACAGCACAAAUUAGUGGACCGAGUCCCUACCUAUAUGAUACCAACUGUAUUCAUUCCGCUGGCAAAACUCCCCAUGACCGCAAGCGGGAAAACAGACCGUCGCAGCCUUCGUGAGAUGGGCGCAUCUGCCGACAAAAACGCGCGUCUUACUAAUAAAUCAUCCCUAGCUACCCAGCUAUUGUCUUUAACAGAAACUGAGCGUAGGCUGCAGAUGCUCUGGGCGUCAGUGCUUCAGCUCAACCCCUACCAGAUUGGCGUCGAUGACAGCUUCUUGGGCCUUGGUGGAGACUCCAUUCAAGCCAUGCGUCUCGUUUCUGCGGCGCGUAAAAGGGGCAUGCUCUUGACAGUGCCAGACAUUUUUCGUCAAUCCAGCCUCCAGGGCCUAUCCAAGUUAGUGGAAUUCAAGAUGCACAGCACCGAAGUCCAGGAAGUACCGCCACCCUUUUCACUGAUCCAAUCGGGCACGGAUGUAGUGGAGGCAUGUCGUAUUGCGGCGGCGGUCUGUUCAGUGAAGGCCGAAGACGUUGAGGAUAUCUUCCCCUGCACCCCCCUUCAGGAAGGCCUGUUGGCUAUGACAGCAUUGAGCGGAGAUAAGUACAUUUCCCACGGACUCGUGGAGCUUCAACCUGGAGUCAACAUAACUGGGCUCCAAGAGGCUUGGGACAAAGUCUCCGUAGUGGCGCCCAUACUACGGACCCGGAUCGUGGACCUGCCAGGCCAAGGUCUAGUGCAGGUAGUGCUACGAGGGGUCAAUGGGUGGGCAGAUAGCGAGUCGAUAGAAGAAUAUCGACUUGGAGCACCGGAGCCUAUGGGACUGGGCACUGAGCUGACGAGGUUCCAUUUAGUGUACGAUGAUGCAGAACAUAAAGUCUUCCUGGCUUGGACUCAACAUCACGCUGUCUAUGAUGGGUGGUCACUUGAUCUCCUCCAAAAUGCCGUCGAACACACGUACCGAGGGGGAGACAUGGAACCUAUGCCAGGGCUCCAGCCGUUCGUCCAAUACCUGCUCCAGUCAGACAAAGAGGCAUGCGAAGCUUUCUGGCGGAAGCAAUUUGACAAACUUGAAGCGCCACAGUAUCCAGUUCUUCCAAGCGCUAUCUAUCAACCGAAAGCCGACAAGGCAAUCAAGCAUGUCAUUAACAAUGUCCAAUGGUGUAAAGGCCAAGUCACACCGUCGACUGUCAUUCGGACAGCCUGGGCGACUGUAAUUUCUAGGCAAUGCUCGUCGCCUGAUACUGUGUUUGGCGCUGUUGUACUUGGUCGCCAAGCCCCAGUACUGAAUAUUGAACGCGUAGCAGGGCCGACAAUCGCUACAGUACCCAUUCGCGUAAUCGUAGAUGAGCAGGUGACCGUGACACAGCUGCUCGAGCGCGUACAGAAUCAAUCAACGGAGAUGAUCCUCCAUGAGCAGACCGGGCUACAGCACAUCCGCCGAAUCAGUGAGGAGACAGAGCGCGGCUGUCGUUUCCAAUCACUAUUGGUCGUCCAACCUGUCAAACAGCUCGAUCGGCCGCUUGAAGUUUUUGUCAGGCCUUUUGAUGAUGAAGAUAACAGUGCUGAAGCUGAGCUAGACGGAGUUGAUGCGUUUAGCACACAUGCAGUUACUAUCAUUUGUCAAAUUGAUGGCACCAAUGUUGGACUCUGCAUGCAUUUUGAUUCGAGUGUCAUUGGCGAGGGCGAAGCUGAAAGACUGCUUCAAUACUUGGAGCACGCUAUUCAUCAGCUCUGCCAACCGGAUUCGGCCGGGUCGCCCAUACGCGAUCUGACUAUGACUACUGACCAAGAUCUUCGCACCAUAUGGUCCUGGAAUGCCAACCCGAUUGAACCCGUAGAGGCGUGUGUUCACCAACUAAUCAGCCAACGCGCACAUGAAGACCCAAGCGCCAUGGCCAUAUGUGCUUGGGACGGCGAGAUGUCUUAUGGCGAACUUGAUGCCCUUUCCACCUCUUUGGCUGUUGAGCUUGUGACCGUUGGGGUCAAACCCGGGGCUAUCGUUCCCCUCUGCUUUGAAAAGUCUAAAUGGGUUCCGGUCGCAGCACUUGCCGUUAUGAAAGCCGGUGGUGCCUCUGUUACCAUGGACUGCACACAGCCCCGGGAACGACUCAAUAACAUCGCCCAGCAAAUUGGAUCUGAUAUCAUCUUAAGCGGCACGUCCACCACCGCCCUAGCUUCAUCAAUUUCUGGGAAGUUACCACUCAUAAUUGAUGAGGAAUCAUUGUCACGGUUUCCAUUGAAUUCUAUGCCCCAUCAGAGAGCGACUGUUUUGCCUCUGGUCAAACCGACUGAACUCUUGUAUAUCGUUUUCACCUCGGGUAGUACCGGGGCUCCGAAAGGUGCUAUGAUUACCCACUCCAACUUUGCGACCGCUUCGCGACAUCAUGGGCCGGCGUUGGGGUUCAGAAAGACAUCUAGAGUGGCCGAUUUCGCAUCGUAUGCUUUUGACGUGUCUUGGGCUAACUUUUUGAACACUAUGAUGGCAGGUGGCUGUCUGUGUAUUCCCUCCGAAGAUGACCGGAAGCACGACUUUGUUGGGUUCAUGUCCAGAUUUCAGGUCAAUUACGCGGACCUGACGCCGUCCGUUGCAGCUGCGUUGGACUUGAACCUAGCGCCACAUCUCAAGACCGUCGUAGUCGGUGGUGAGCUCGUUGAAUUAGACAAGUUUGAGCAUCUGCAAGAUCUAGAGUCCUUGAUCAUUACCUAUGGUCCAGCAGAAUGCACGGUUACCGCAACCGCUAUUGACGUUAGACACCACAAGACUCCGGCUGGCUCUAUUGGUCGGGCUUGUGGCUCUACAACUUGGAUUGUACAUCCGGAAAAACAGGAACUUGUCCCUAUUGGUUCGGUGGGAGAACUUGUCCUCGAAGGCCCGCUCAAUGGCUUAGGCUAUCUCGGCCAACCCGAAAAGACAUCGGCCAGCCUUAUCGAUAACCCUCAUUGGCUCACUCGCGGCGCAAUCAGCGAGCCUGGUCGUCGCGGUCGAGUUUAUCGCACUGGGGAUCUUGUUCGUUACCAUUCAGAUGGGUCAUUGAUAUUUGUCGGCCGUAUUGAUAGCCAGGUCAAGAUUCGUGGACAGCGGGUCGACCUGAGCGAAGUCGAAUUGCAUGUUCGACAAUUGCUGCCGUCCUACCUGUCAAACUCCGUUCUAGCUGAAGUGGUAAGGCCUCAGGGCAUAAAAGCUCCUAUCCUGGUGAUCUUCUACACUAUUCCAGACGAGGAAAAUGUGACAGCAAUCAAGGAGCAGUUCUCUCCGCUUUUGGAUGAUCUUGAGAGAAAACUAGCCAUGCAGUCACAAGUCAUUAUACCACCUGGUGCUUAUAUUCCCAUUCCGCAUAUUCCGAUUUCAGCCACAGGUAAAACUGACAGACGCGCCGUUCGGGAAUACGGUGCUUCCCUGGACCCUGAAACUUUCUCAGCGUUGAGCAUGUAUCGCUGCGGCGAACGCCUUGAGCCCGUCACAGCGGCAGAAAAAAAGCUUCAGCUACUGUGGAGCUCCGUUCUUGGACUCGAUCCAAGUCAAAUAAGCGCAGACGACAGUUUUCUACGUCUGGGAGGCGACUCCAUUGCGGCCAUGAGGCUUGCGUCGACAGCACGACAGAACAACGUUCACGUCACGGUAACUGAGAUUCUCAAGCACCCCCAACUGAAUAGAUUAGCCCAAGUGAUUACUUGGGGAUCCGACCAGCGGUUAGAUAGCCAGCAGGAGCGUACAAUCGAGCCGUUCUCGUUACUGCAUGGCGGUAUGAAUGUUGAUCAUUUCCGAAGGCAGGCUGCCGAACUGUGUUCUAGAGAUGUGGCCGACAUCGAAGAUUUACUACCUUGCACAGCGAUGCAAGAGGGCCUAAUAGCGCUAACGGCAAAACGAUCUGGCGAUUACGUCCAACGCACGCUUCUAGAGCUACAGCCAGACGUUGAUCUGGAUCGAUUUCGAUCAGCAUGGCAGCUAGUCUACAGGGAGACUGCUAUUUUGCGCACCAGGAUUGUUCACUUGGACGGUCACGGUCUCUUCCAAGCCGUGGUUCGUACGCCGCUUAUAUGGAAGCAUAGUUACUCGAUCGACAGCUAUCGUCUUGAUGAGAGGGACGAGGAAUAUCAUCAUAUGUCCAUGAGUCCGGGGACUCCUUUAACUACUUUCGGAAUAAUUGAUGACGCCGAGUCCAAUAAGAGAUAUUUCGCGUGCACGCAGCACCACGCCACCUACGAUGGGUGGUCGUUGCAGUUGCUGUACGAUGCUUUCGAGAAUAUUUAUCAGAAACAGGCAAGGGAUGCCUUUACUUCUUUCCAGGCUUUCAUCAAGCACGUCCUUGACCAAAAUCACGACGAUGAAGCAGCUUAUUGGAAACAACAAUUCGCAGGGCUAGAUGCCCCGCAGUUUCCGGCGAUGCCGAGCAACCACCAGCCUCGGGCAAACGAGGCCCUGAGGCACGAUAUAGGUGGUAUUGAGUGGUCAGGCGAUAACGUCACUCCAUCUUCCGUAGUCCGUGCCGCAUGGGCAACGCUUCUUUCCUGGUACGGUGCCUCACCGGACACAGUUUUUGGGGCGGUCGUGCUUGGGAGACAGGCGCCGGUGCCAGAUAUCGAGAAGCUGGUCGGGCCUACAAUUGCGACGGUGCCGAUUCGGAUCAUUGUGGAUGAUGACUCCACUGUUCAAGAAUUACUGCGACAGACGCAGAAGCAAGCAACAGAAAUGAUCCAAUUUGAGCAAAGCGGCCUUCAGAAGAUUGCUGCCUUCCAUGAUGACACACAGCGUGGCUGUCUUUUUCAGAGUUUACUCGUGGUCCAAGCAGAAGAGACAUCCGACGAUACAGUCUUCCAGAGCACUGUUUUCAAAAAUUACAACGCCAAUACCGAGACUAACGGCGACCUUGAUGCGUUCAGUACAUACGCAAUCAAUCUUACUUGCGAUAUUCAGCGUUCCGGGGUCAUUCUACAAGCCAAAUUUGACUCCGAUGUCCUCAGUGUAUCAGAGGUGCAAAGAAUGUUGCAGCAGUUGGAGCAUAUACUGCGGCAGCUCUGCCAGCCCGAGACUGUAACAUCGCACCUAAGGAUGGGGGAUCUGAGCAUGACCUCAGAGCAGGAUCUGGAGACCAUCUGGAACUGGAAUAUGCAACUUCCUGAUACGGUAUCUGGAUGCGUUCAUCAUGUCUUUGCUGAAAGAGUCUCCGAAAACCCAUCGGCACCGGCCGUAUCCGCCUGGGAUGGUAAGCUAAGCUAUCGCCAGCUGGAUGACUUAUCAACUCGUCUUGCACAUUGUUUAAUCGGCGAGGGAGUCGGCCCGGGAAUCAUCGUACCAAUCUACCUGGAGAAGUCGGUUUGGGUUCCUGUGGCAGUUUUAGCCGUUUUCAAAGCAGGUGGAGCUGCUGUAAUACUUGACGCCACCUUACCGGUAGAGCGCCUGCGAGGACUCGUAGGACAGCUCUCUCCGGUGCUCUUAUUGACUUCUGCUACUCAUUACGGCGAUGCUUCCCGAGUUACCACAGCACCCACAAUAACAGUCAGCGAGUCCACAUUGGAGAAACUGAAACCGUCCGGGGCAGGAGUACAGCUGCCUGACGUCAAACCCAGCUCGCCGCUCUACAUCGUGUUUACUUCUGGCUCCACUGGUCAGCCAAAAGGAGUAGUUGUGACACAUGAAAACUUUUGCAGCGCCAUAAAGCACCAGCAGAUACCUCUAGGGCUAGAACCUACGUCGCGUGUGUUUGAUUUCACGUCAUACGCAUUUGAUGUUGCAUGGUCGAAUAUCCUUCACACCCUUACCAUCGGCGCCUGUCUUUGUAUCCCAUCGGAGGAAGAGCGAAUGACAGAUGUUGCCGGUUCUAUCGCGCGCCUCUGUGUCGACUUUGUUUUUAUCACGCCAACCGUCGCAAAUAUUCUUGAACCUUUAGCCGUGCCUGGGCUAAAGAAGAUUGCCUUCGGAGGCGAGGCGCUGAAGCGGAGCGAUGUGGAGAGGUGGGCAUCCAGACCCGACGUGAUGUGCUAUAAUGUGUACGGACCGGCAGAAUGCACUGUAAUUAGCACAAUUGACACUAUGAGCCCGCUUGAAAAGGCUGAAAUAAGUAUUGGCGAGCCAUACGGCAUCGUGGCAUGGGUCGUGAAGCCCAACGCAAAUGGUCUAGCAGCUGUCGGUACCGCUGGCGAACUGUGGAUCGAAGGACCUAACGUUGGUGAAGGGUACCUCAAUAAUACGGAAAAGACGGCCGAUGUGUUUGUUGAGAACCCGCAAUGGCUACUGCGUGGAGCAGCUGGUUUCCAGGGUCGCCGAGGGCGAUUGUACCGGACGGGCGAUUUGGUCCGGUAUAAUCCUAAUGGGUCCCUUCAUUACUUCGGUCGGCGGGAUACCCAAGUGAAAAUUCGUGGUCAACGCGUUGAGCUCGGAGAAGUUGAGCAUCAUAUCCGACAGCUUCUCCCGGUCGAGUUUCAGCAGAUUGUAUCAGAGGUCAUUACCCCACAGAGUACCAAGAUCCCUGCUUUAGCUGUGUUCUACACUGUUUCGGAGAACUUGGGCCCCGUCGGGCUGGACAGUAGAAAUACUGCCAUACCAGAAACCUUCAGGGAAGAUCUUGGCAAAUUAGUUCCUGCGUACAUGGUCCCGACCGUCUACAUACCUCUAUCCGAGUUUCCCAUGACUGCGAGUGGCAAGACAGACCGACGUGCCCUUCGAGAUCUGGGCAAAAGUUACAGCCCACCCAGCAUCAUGGAGUUGGACGAACAACCUCCGCAAGACUCUGCGCUGACCGAGGAAGAAGCCCAUUUAAGGGAAAUUUGGGCCGGUCUACUCAACCUCGACCGAUUUCUGAUUGCUCCGCGGCACAGCUUUUCAGCACUUGGGGGUGACUCGAUCAAAGUCAUGUCGUUGAGUAUGGCAAUACGCAGGCAGUGGCGGUUGAAUAUACAAGUUCCUAGGCUGCUUGGGCCACAAGACACACUGGGAUCCAUGGCCAAAAUGGUGUCAGACUUGCGAAAAGGACAAGAUGUUGUCAGACCCACGCCUAUGGACUUGGAAACCGAGUUAGCAGCACUGACCAACAAGCUCCGAUCGCCGCUGCGCAUAGCACCAAUUGUGUCGAAAUCCACAGUCCUGCUUACAGGGGCUACGGGUUUCCUUGGAAUCCGCAUCCUCCAGCAUCUUCUUAUAUCGCGGGCCUUCGAGCGAGUGGUGCUGCUGGUUCGUAAAACGAAUAGAGACAGCCCUUGUUUCGACCGGGUACGCGAUGCGGCUGUGGCGGCCGGGUGGUGGGAGGAACGUUUCACAUCGCCUAUUGAAGUUUGGGAAGGCGACCUUUCGGCAGACAGGCUUGGGCUUACUGCUCUACAGUGGUCGUCCCUCUGCGGCGUGCCUACCUCAGAAGGCGUAGUCAACGCCAUCAUUCACAAUGGUGCGGCUGUCCAUUGGAGCACAGACUACGAAAAGCUGAAGGCUGUGAACGUAGUAUCUACGUUGCAGCUACUACAAGCGGCAAUUCAUUCAAAGGCCCUGAAAAGAUUUGUCUACAUCUCGGGCGGCUUGGAUGCUGGCGAUUGGGCAAGCCCGGCCUCUGGCAACGUGGCUAAGCAGGCCACUGGAUACGACAUAUCGAAACACAUCUCGGAGAGACUAGUCACCGCCGCCGCAUCCCAGCAGGGCGAGGAGCGGAGCAGGUUCUCGAUUGUUAAGCCCGGCCUGAUCAUAGGCGACAGCGAAGGCGGCGUGGCUAACCCGGACGACUUCCUGUGGAGGGUGGUUACUACAGCGAUUCAUCUCCGGACGCGGCCGGUUGAAGCCCCUAAAGCGUGGCUGGCUGUUUCCGAUGUCGCCUCCAUCUCGAACAUUGUACUGCAUCAUGCGACGGCCGACGACGUUGACCAUUUUGUCGAGUUAAACCAUGGCUUAUGGGUGGAAGACUUUUGGACGGCAAUAGAAAGCGAAAUCAGACAAGUCUUGCGGCCCGUCUCCUGGGACGAGUGGAUUCAAUUGGCUCAGGAAAGCAUGGCCGUGGAGCGCGAGGCACAUCCUCUUUGGCCUGUGCAACAAUUCCUCGGCGCGUUGGGAGGUGAUGCACCAGAUCACGUUGAAGAGAUGAUCGGAAAUGGCCGGGUGGAAGCAGCGAUCCGGCGAAAUGUUAGGUAUCUACGAGAAAUGGGCCUUGCUGGCUCGGGGGGUGCUGCGUGGCAGCAGGCUGCCUCCACGGUCACUAUGCGAGCUCGGCGAUAAGAAUAACGAUGUACGAUUUAUGUGGGAGGUUUGGAGGUAUUGGAUAUGGAAUAUUGCGGACGACUGCGACAGCCCGUGUCGCGCUUUCUGAGUCGACCAGAGAAAGAAUGCGACUCUAGGUAGAGUCUAGGUCGGGGUCAAACAGUUAAAAUUAUUAAAUCAUUCAACGCCCAAAUGUGCUCACCGGCUAAUCUAGACUAACUAGAGCCUAGAAUGCCACAUAGACUAGCAAUUGCCGGCAAUAUACUGAAACACGAAGCGGG